AUGGCCACAACAAAUGAAUCUUCGACGUCAAAUAUUUUAAAUACAAAUAAAACAAUAUCUAUUCAUCAUUUAAGUCGAAGUCUAGAACGUGCUCUUGAUGAAGCUACUUAUACAGGUGAUCUUGUUUUGAAUGGACGAAAACUUCGAGAAUUUCCAAAUUAUUCCUACACAAAUAAUAAAUGUGAUCUAUCAGAUACAAUUACUGCUGAUCUUUCCCGUAAUCGUUUUGUUGAAUUUCCACGUAUAUUAUGUUCAUUUUUUUCACUUGAACGUCUUAAUUUAUAUCAUAAUGCUAUUAAAUCAAUACCAGAACAAAUUGCUCAAAUGUAUACACUUAAAGUUCUUGAUUUAAGUCGAAAUCAACUUGCAUAUAUUCCAUCAUCAUUAUGUAAAUUACCUAAUUUAGAAGUAUUAAUUAUUACUAACAAUAAACUGAUUUCAUUACCCGAAGAAAUCGGUCAAUUAGAACGAUUAGUUGAAUUAGAUGUUAGUUCUAAUGAUAUUAAUCAAUUACCAUAUCAAAUGGGAACAUUGACAAAUCUCCGAACAUUAACUAUUCGUCGAAAUAUGAUCAAUGAAUUACCAACCGAAUUAUGUAAUUUAAAAUUAACACAUUUUGAUUGUUCAUUUAAUCGAAUUAUUCGUUUACCAUUAAAUUUACGAGAAAUGGUUAGUUUAAUUGAAUUGAAUGUUGAAAAUAAUCCAUUAGAAAGUCCACCAUCAUCGGUGUGUACACUUGGUUUACUUCAUAUAAUGCGUUAUCUUCUUGUCGAAGCCAUGAAAGAAGAAAAACGUCGUGGAAUAUUAACUGAAUAUGAAAUUAAUACAAAAUAUCGAAGUUCAUUUUCAUAUCAAGGAUCAAGACAUCUACAAUGUGGAACAAGAUUACGAAAAACCGUUGUACCAUCGGAUUCAGGUUAUUUAACAACAGAAGGCAGUGAAAAGACAAUGGGCGAUGAUGAUUCCGUCAUAAGUAUGCCGAAUGAUCAAUCGCUUCGUAAUGAACCUACACUAAUGCUUACUCUUGCUGAUGAAUUUUCUAAAGAAUUAGCGAGACAAAAAACUGAAUAUGAUAAAAAGAAAUGUCAAGCACAUCAAUUAAAAGCACAUUUAUUACAACAAUUAGGAGAAACAGAAAAUCAAAGAGCAAAAACACGAGAAAUUGCACGACGAACUCAUGAUGAAAAAUUAGCAAAGAUGGAAAAACAAAGAGAAGAUGCACGAAGAAAAAUGGAGAACAGUAAAAAUAUUCAAUUGUUUAAUUUCACAACGAAAGAACGUCCAUGGCCAUUAUCGAGACAAAUGUCAAGUGUUGAAACAUCACCAUCUGAUGCUACGGAGAACUAUAAUUCAUAUCAACGUUCAAUUUCAAUUGAUAAUUCAACAGUAGGAAAUUUAUUAUCACGUUCAAAUCGUGCCAUUAGCGUUGACCCAAAUCUAACUACUCGUAAUAAUGAUAUGAAAAUGAAUAAUGGACAUUAUCGUCAUUAUUUGCAUCAGCAAAAUUCUGCACCAAAUGGCUCAUUAACUCCAUAUGAUAGUUCAAUCACAAUAAAUAGACAAUUUACUAGUUCAGAUACUAUCGAUCAAUCAAAAUUGUCUUCACAAAAUAUUAGUUAUGAUCGAAUAGAUAAUUUACAUCAUAAACAUUAUGAAGAAAGUCGAUUAGCUAAAUUAAAAUAUUUUGAUAAUAUUCAAACUAAUUCUGGUGGAUUAAUACCUGGUUUGCAUAUGCAACCGAAAAUUUCUCCUCUACAUCAACAAUCAUCAAUUGAAAAUACUGUUCGUAGAAAUUUACUAAAUGUAAAAGAAGAUAAUAUUCAAUUGGAACAAAUGAAAAAGACAAUUGAAGAACGUUUGAAAGUGACACUACCCGAUGAUAUAGGUUAUGCAUUAAGUGAUGGUGUUGUUCUUUGUCAUUUUAUCAAUCAAAUUCGUCCACGUUCUGUUCAAAGUAUUCAUGUACCUUCUCAAGCAGUUCCAAAACUUUCCUCGGCGAAAUGUCGACGAAAUGUCGAAAAUUUCAUUGAAGCUAGUCGUCGUAUUGGUGUUCCAGAGUCAUGUCUUGCUAAACUAACUGAUAUCAUCGCACCGAUUGAUCGAACAAAUUCUAAUUCCAAUCAACAACUUGGUUUAUAUCGUUUAUUUUUAACAAUAAAUUAUCUUGAAUUAAUCUUUUUAAAUAAUCAAGAACUAUGUACAAAUAAUCUAUGUUCAUCAUUUGAUAAAAUAAUUGCUAAUUUUCUUCUUGUCUUUCUUGCUUUCAGUAGUUUCUUAUUUGCUUAUUAUCACAACUAUUUCUAG